ACUAAUUGAACACAUCAUAUAUAUCCCAAGCCACAACCUCUCCACACACUUUUCCUUUAUUUUUGAACCAAACUCUUUCUCUUUACCUUUAUUUGCCUUUCUUUUUCUCAAUAGCUGUGAAAAAUAAAUAAAGCAACGGAAUCGCGUUUCAAAAGCCGAAAAAGAAAUCAGAAGCUAUUAUCAUGAUUGAGGUGGAAACGAUGCAGCAGCCUCAGCACCAUCAUAGAGAUGAUGAAGGAGAAGCUUCUUUUUCUUAUUCUCAUAAUCACGUUUCUCCUUCUCCUAGUUUCAGCAGCUACUCAUCGGAAACACUCGCUGAAAUCGCAGCCAGAGUCAUCGAUGAGCUUCGAUGGGAACCUCAUUCCGAAGAGGACGCGCUUUAUCAACCAUGGGAAACCAACAACAACAAUUCAACUAAUCAAAACGGCAACGACGAAGAUGAAAAAAGUGAAUUCGAAUUCGCGGUGGUUUCUACGGAUACUACAACUUUCUCGGCGGUUUCCUCCGCCGAUGACAUUUUCUACAACGGUCAGAUCAAACCUUUGUACUAUCCAAUUUUCGAUCAAAAUCUUCUACUAAACGACAACGACGACGUCGUUUCAUCCAUUUCGGCUGUUCCUAACGAAACUACAACACGACGUCGUUUACCUUUAAGGACACUGAUGUUUGAAGAAAGCGAAACGACGUGUUCGUCUUCAACCGACGAGAGCGUCGACCUUGAAGGCAUAGCGGAAGGGAGUUACUGCGUUUGGAAUCCAAAUUCGGUAGGAAUUGAACGAAAGAAGAGUAAUUCAACUGGUUCUGGUUCUAAGCGGUGGAAGCUUAGGAACUUGCUUUUGAGGAGUCAUAGCGACGGUAAGGAUAAGCAACCGGUGAUGUUUCAGAUUCCGAAAACGACGGCGAGUAAAGUGUCUCCGACGGUGGAGAAUCACGGUGGCAAAAAUCAGAGUAAGAGAAAGUCUUUUUUGCCUUACAGACCCGAAUUGGUUGGACUUUUCUCUAAUGUUAAUGGGCUUGGUCGAAAUUUGAACCCGUUUUAAUUUCCGACCCAACUGGACAAUUUUAUUACAGUAUUAUUAUUAUUAUUACAAUUUUAUUACAGUAUUAUUAAUCUAAGUAAGUACGUACUGUAUUAGUAUAUCGUAAUUACAGAGGUUGAGACGCAGUAGUAUUUAUUCUUUGUUCUGUAAAUUAUUUGGAAUUUUAAGUUCUUUUUGUCAGGAAUCAAACUUUUAUUAGGUAUGAUUUUUAUGAAAGUUUUUGGUGGGGGUUUGGUGGUUGUACUUGAAUUAUUAGUGUUUUGGUGGAUUUUUUGUAUAAAUUAAGAUGACAAAGAAUAUAUAUUUAUAUAUUUUUGACAAAAGUAUACGUAUAUUUGAUUGGUUUAUCUUU